AUGGUUGAAGAUCGGUCAUAUCUGUUAUCAAGAGUCUUCUCAGCUUCUCGUCCCUCAGAAACCAGGUGGGAUCAUCACAUGCAUCCACCACAAGAAGAUUCCUCCUCUGUUUCUAACCUCACAAACGGCAAAAGAGCUUUGGCUGAUGAUGAUGCAGAGCUCAAAGACGGUCUCAGACAACGCAAAUCUCUCAAACUAACCGAUGAUGAUUCACUUAUCAACGACAUCAUUGGCAGAGACAUUUCAAUAAGCUGUCUGAUUCGUUGCUCCAGGUCUGACUACGCUUCAAUCGCUUCCUUGAACCGGAGUUUCCGGUCCCUGGUUAAGUCCGGAACCAUUUACAGACUCAGGAGACAGAACCGGAUCAUUGAACACUGGGUUUACUUCUCUUGCCAGCUCCUGGAAUGGGUUGCGUUCGACCCCGUGGAAAGAAGAUGGAUGAAUCUGCCAAAGAUGCAUUCAGCAGAAGCGCCACCGCUCGUCGCGGUUGUGAACAAUGAGUUGUAUGCUGCGGAUCAUGCUGGUAUGGUGGUGAGGAAGUAUGAUAAAGUGAGUAAGAAAUGGUUUACGUUAGGGAGGUUGCCUGAGAGAGCUGGUUCGGUUAAUGGUUGGGGGUUAGCGUUUAGAGCUUGUGGUGAGAGGUUGAUUGUGAUUGGUGGACCUAGGAGCUCAGGUGGAGGGUUCAUUGAGCUGAACUGUUGGAUACCAAGUAGGGAUGGAAGCUCUCCUGUGUGGACAUUGCUUGAUAGGAAACAUUCUUCUAAUUUUGUUUACAAUUGCGCGGUGAUGGGUUGCUGACAAAGUUUUGCAAAUUGAAAAUCAAGAUUCUUGGCUGCUUGGGAGGUCUAAAGAUGCAUGCAGUCUUUUCUUAUUUAUUUUGUUAUACAAUUUAAUUCAGUUUCAAUACAUUGGUCUUGGUUGUAUUGUUAGGUUCUUGAGGGCAAGAAACAGAAACAAGUUUUACAGUAAGUUGGUGGAGAAAGUUCAGUCUUUCAGUUCUGUUAAAAGUUGUUGAAUUUGUGUUUCUGAAUACAAUCUUUUCGUUAUAUCUUGGAAUAUUUAUAUAUCAUUCGUUCUUUGCAAAAACAUGUAUUUAUGUUUUUCCUCUCAGAAAAGAGAAGACUAAUGACUUUUAAUCUCA